ACGUUAAAAAGGGGGCGUGGAGUUGGCUGCUAGCAGUUAGCUACUGCUGCGCUAUCACCUGGGAACUCGUCCAUUCUUGUCGGCGCCCUGCAGAAACGAAAAAGCGACAUUAUAGACCGCACAAUACUCGCUACAAAGGCGCCUUUAAGUCCGUGAGCCGUCGUCGUUUUUUCAGGAUAACAGACAGGAACUAUCAGUAAAAUGGAGGUUCGGCCUCUCUCUCUGGACAUGGCAUUGUGACCAUUGGCGUUAAUGCUACCUUAGCUAGUUACCUCAUUGGGCUAGGUUGGCAGUAGUUGACUGAAACGAUUGCUAGCGAGCAAGCAUUGGGUUAUCACUAAUAUUAAGCAGCUGUGCUUGUUAACUGGAUGGUGAAGUUAUGUUUUGAGGAUAACUUACCAACAGCGUCUUCUCUCUCACGUUAGCAUUGUGGUGGACGUUGAUUUUGCACCUAAAGGAAGCAGAUGGCUAGAGUGGCUAACGUUAGCCAAGUUAGCUAAAGGCUACAAUGCAGGAGUAGUGUAGUAGAGUUUCAGUCGCCGACCACUGCUGCCUUGCUCCAGCAGACUAACGGCUCGGCAUUAUACAGCUACCGGGCACUGUGCGGUAUGUAGCUAUGGCAUGCUAACCAUCCAUCUGAAAUGUUGGUGAUUAAUCAUAAGAUGACGAAUGUUGCCACUUGUGUCUGACCACACAGUCGUUAUAUUGUAGUGUUAGCAUGGUUGUGAUGAACAGCCUGUGUUGGGCCUUGCAGCUGACUGUGGCUUAUCUACAUCACGUCUGUUAGUGUGCCUCACGUCUGCUCAGUUGCCUGGUUCAUGGCGUUUCUUUAAAACGUAUAAAGUUAGCGAAGUUUGUAGCGCAAAUAUGUGACAGAGUUAAGAUAGUUGACCAUCUUUAGGUUUAUGAUUUAGUGACGGGCAGCAGUCAAAAUGAACAACUCGGGAGUCAUGCCCCAAGAAAAGAUGGAGCUGGAUCUGGAAAUCCCAUCCUCGUUAGUUCAGACCGAUGGGCACUUGAGAAGAUCCAACAGUGCACCCAUGAUAAAUGGCUUAAGCGAUAACUCCCAAGUGUUUCAGAGAGAGGUCCUGCGCAGCCGGAGAAAUAGCACUACCGUUGUCAACAGGCCCAACAUGGUCCCUUCGUCGCCCAUUCGCGUCCCCAGCACCAGACUCCAUCAAAUAAAACAAGAAGAGGGUGUGGACGUGAUGAACAGGGAAACUGCUCAUGAGCGGGAGGUUCAAGCUGCCAUGCAGAUGAGCCAGUCCUGGGAAGAAAAUCUUAAUCUGAGUGACAAUGACGUGGAGAAAUCAGUAUCUUCGUCUCCAAAGCGAAUUGACUUUGUACCUGUGUCGCCUGCCCCAUCCCCAACCAGAGGGAUUGGAAAAAAGCAGUGUUUCUCUCCUUCGUUACAAAUCCUUGUGAGCAGCAAUGGUCUAACACCCAGUCCAAUACCCAGCCCAACACGACGCUUCAGCCGAAGGAGUCAAAGCCCAAUCAACUGCAUCAGAGCCAGCAUGCUUGGGCCAAUUAAACGCAAAGGUGAGAUGGAGACAGAGAGUCAACCCAAGAGGCUCUUCCAGGGAACCACCACCAUGUUGUCCUCCGAUGUCUCCAACCUGUCGGAUAUCAGUUCUUGUCACUCUCCAGAUUUACUGGAUGGCAGCCUCAGCAGCGUCAGCUCCUUGACUGACUCCCCAGGCAAAAUGGAGGGAGUGUCCCCCUCCUCGUCCAGCAACUCGCCCUUUACCUCUCUCCAGGAUUUGUCCCCAAAAUGAGUAUGGGAGUGCAGAAGAAAUCUAUUUCCUUCGCAGACCCUCUACUUCACCGUCACCUAGACUUAGCUAAAUUUUCCAUGUAUUUGCUUCUGAAUGGCUGUUUUUCGUGGCUUUACUCUGGAGGGUCUAGAUGUUUGAAUUAAGGAAACCAAAGCCAUGGAUGAGGUUUGUGUUGAAGUUGAACCCAGUGAAACUGG